AAACUUAAUCAGGCAAGUGAGUGGGUGGUUAGUGACCACUUGACCAUCUCUGUUCUUCCCAACUGAAUAUGUAUGUAUGUAUGUAUGUACAUACAUAUGUGUAGUGAAUGCAAUGCCUAAGCGACCACUUCACCACACUUCAGCACAGUUAAUGUCAUACGUUCCAUUUGUCGUGUACGUAUGAUGGCCGCCAGUCAGUGGCUGCCACAGAGCAAAUACAACACACAAGUAGCGUCAAGUGUCAUCAGCAGCUCAUCACAAACAUUUGAGGCUUUACCAGCGACGUGCUCAGACAUUUCUGUCAUUCAGGCGGAUACAUUGCGGACUAUAGAUGUUGUGCCUCUUUAAUGAAGUCAUCGACUUGCCCUGAAAAUGGUGAAAAUUCUGCAAGCCUAUAACUUUGCCAAGCAGCACACUUACUCUCUAAAUGGUGACAUACUCUCCGCCUCACUGAUCGAUUCCAGUCGCAUCGCUGUGAGCAGCGCUGAGCAAUUUAUUGAGAUCUAUGAUAUCGGCGGCAAGCAGCGACGCAACGAAUUGAAUGGCAUCGAUUUGAAUGCCAUUACCACGGCAAGUGAGUAUGCCGCAGCUGAGGCAGCAGCAGCGGCAGCCGCAGCACAAGCUGCCGCAGAUGAGCGACUGCCCACGAAAUAUACGCUCGCAACGGUGGGUGAAGUGGUGCACUUGAUUUACUGUGAAGCAGGCAAAUAUCUACUGACAUUGGAGAAGGAAACGCUCAGCAGUCCAGUAGAAACUGGCACCACGGGCAUGAGCUGUACGAGCAGCAGCAGUACUACCACCAUCUGUCCGGAAGAAGACACUAAAAUGUUCGUGCGUAUCUAUGCAAACUUUUGGAAAUUCCCCGAUGCAAAACUUAUCGACCUCCCUAUAACUAUACGCAUCGCGUCCAUGACCACACCCAAGGCUCCACUAGUCGAGAGCAUCGAUGUGAUUGAGCUGCCUUUGCGUAGCCCACCCGAUCUCAUACAAUGCUGCCAGACGUCGGGCAACAUUAUUGUGAGCAGCAAGGAGCGCAUCUAUCUAUACGAGUAUACCCAGUGCAUACACGAAACUACACAGCCACGUUUCUCCUACAUCGACUUUCUACCUUUUAAAUUUUUUGUAAAUCUAAAUUUUCUACCGUUGCGCUUGUGUCUCGCCGAGAAUGUUAUCGCAGCAAUGAAUAAUCGCUACUGUGUCGCUUUCAAGGUGGUCGACGUGGUUGGCAGCAGCGCAGCCGGUGGCGCACAUUGCAGCCCCAUGGAUAAUGAUUACGGCGGCGGCGGUGGUGGCGGUCGUGGUGAUGGUGGUGGAUUAGACGAUGUGGCCGAUGUGGAUGUGGAUGAGGCCAUCUCGAGUACGGAAUCGAGUCUAAUGAGUAAAGUGAGCGGCGGGCCCUCGAGUCAUAACAGCUUUGAAACAGAUUCGUUGGAGACGACCUCAAGUGGACGACCGUUGGGCGUGGCUGGUUUUCCUGGACGCACGCCAAUCGAUUUCAAUGUGGCGCGCAUUGUGAACUCCGCCUGUGGACGCGAAUUCGAAGUGGAUUUGAAAUCGCAAUGGGAGUUGGGUGAUUCCAUAAGUGUCGGUGGUGGCAUGGCGCCGACAUUGAUUGGUAGUAGCGGCGUUGGUGGCGGUUGUGGGGGAGAUACACAGGAGAUUAUAAUUAUGCCAGCACGCGCGAAUGACAUCAAAAUUAAGCUGGUCAAUGAAGCGAAAGCUAUGAAUUUACAACGCGUCUCCAGUCAUGGCAACAUGACGUACGUUUACAACGAGGACACUAGCGUACAAUAUGAUGUACGCAAGCUGUUGCAGAUUUGCAUGAAAUCUUCGGAGCCCAACGGGCGCAUUGUAGAUAUUUUACGUUGCAUGGAUUUGAAAGCGAUUUAUCAGCGCAAUCCAAAUGAGGAGGGAUUGGAGGACUCUGAAUAUGAUAUGGGCAAUCAGCAGGUGCCAGGUGCUGUAACCACGACCAAGCACGCCAAUCGACGCACACUCAAAUCUGGAGAUCAUCAAAGUUGCGUGGGUUAUGCUUUGUUGGUGGCAAGCAGCGUGGAUGGCUAUCUGUAUCAGUUUUGUGCGCAAGGCAAAUGGUACAGCGAGAACGAGAAGCCCAUUGCCGUCUACUCGUUCACCGCUCCUGUGCUGAGGGUGCAUAUCAACGAUUAUGUCAUUUACGCCAUUACCACAGAGUCAGUGGAAACUCACACGUCACGCAUUGGCCACAAACUCUACCACAACCGCUUUGAAUAUCCCACACUGGGCGGACUUUUCCCCGAGGAGUCGAGUCCGGAUGUGAACUCGGCCAUUGCGGUCAUCGGCCUCUGCGCCUUCAUGCACGUUCAAUAUGUGUGUGUGAAUCACAAUAAUUUGGUUCUAAUCACCAAUAGCGCACUGGCCAACAACAACAACGAGGCGAGCAAAAGACGCAGUGGUGGCGCGCCCGCUGGCAGCGCUGGUGGACGCAAUAUAGCUGCGCGCAUACUCGCCGAGGCUAAGGUAAAGAAUUUGUUACGCAGCAGCAGCAACAAUGCUGCACAACCACCGUUACUCAAUGAAUGGACGCUCUACAAUUUGGAUUUGCCACCGGUGGAGCAUGUCAUUGAGGACUUGGAGGCCAUUGCUGAGUCAUAUCGAGCGGCUAGCAGCUCAAAUUUUUACGAUUUGAUGGAGGAGGCGCAUGUCAUGUUGCGGCUGAGUCUGUCGCUGCAGUGUGAGCAAUUGACCGAGGAACGUGAGCAACAGCUGCGCAGCAAAUUCGUUGAGAAUUGCCGAAAGUUGGCAGACUUUUCGAUACGUUCACGCAAGAAGGAAGUUUACCUGCAGGCCACUGGCUUCUAUAAAAUGUGCAAUCUACAAUUGACGGACAUCUACAGCAACUAUAUCAACUGCUAUGUUCAACCCGCAUGCGUCGAGCAGCAGCAGCUGCCGUUUGGGAAUUGCAGCGAUUCACCGUUGACUGAUGAGACGCAGCUAGUUGGGCUAAUUUACACCGUGAAAAUGUUCCUGCUAGGUUUGGGCACCGAUCGCCUACUAGCCGCCUUUUUAAAUCAACUGGUGAAGCCAUUUUUCACACCUAAUCGUGUCAUCGAACAGGGCUACCCGCAAGUGCCUUUGUCGCUGGAGUUUCUAAAUAUGUUUAUCAAAUAUUCGCCAAGCGAUAUACCACAAAUAAUGUUGAAUUCGCCAGUGGUGGCAGAUGCGAUCAGCGGCGAGUUGGUCAACUACCUUAAAUAUUUGGAUAAACUCAAUCCUGAUGAGAAUCUUUUACUCGCCGUAACAGCCUGUCGCAUGUCCAACUAUUUGCUCGCACAGGAAGUGGUAACUCGUCUGAGUCGCCGCGAAUUGACGGUUGCUCUGAUGAAACAUAAGAACGUACUCUUCGACGAUGGCACUGUACUAUUUCAGCGACGCGGAUCUCACCAUCAUGAUACGCUGAAAUUUCGCAACGGUUCCAGUGGGCCAGGCGCACAACUCCACAAAUCGGCCGCUGCGCAAAUAAUGCGCCGUCAACAAAAACGUAAACCUUCAUUUGGUCAAGCGCACAGUGCGAGCCCCUUGCUUGCGCCCACACACACUGGGCAUGGCGUUAUAUCGUUUUCGGAUUUUACUGAAACCAUUUUGUUGGCCGCAGAGAAUGCGGAUCUGAUUGAGGCCAUCAGCGAUGUUUUCAUACAUGCCUUGUGCAUAGAACAUAGCAUUACGUUGGAGAUUAUUUUACAGCUUUUUCUCAACUAUAUCGCCUCGCAUAUCGGUCAUAAGGGGUACCAGACGUCGCAGAAGGUGUUUGUUAAUAUAUUGCAAGUUUACUACUACGACUAUUUCGAUGUGAAUCCAAUGCGAAAUCCGCACGAUAUACCUACGCAUACGCCGCCUCACAUGGAGGGCGUUGAUGAAUACGAUGAAACUUCCUCAAAGGCGCCCUCUCUAAACAGUGAACGCGACAACGAAUCAAUUGCCAACUCACUACCCGAAUCGAAUUCCGGCGCAAGCUCGUCAAUAGACGAUCGCAGUUAUUCGCAUCCCAUAAAUCGUAAUCGCAUCGUCUACGAUCAGCUGCAUGAUCCAAGCUCUCACUAUAAGCGUAAUAUUACAAACUCACCAAUACAAUUAGACACAAAUGAGCAACAGACGCCCACGCAAGGUAACAGCGAUGCUGAAACGAAUCUAAAAGGCCUGAAAAUACUCUUUCGCAUGUAUAUGGGUCGCCUUAAGGCGUUGAGUGAUCUUAUAACUGAUCUGCAAUCGGCCGAUGUCGAACAACAGCCAGUGAAUGAGGAUUUCGUGAGCUUGCGCAUGGAAUGCAUAAAAUUUAUGAUACGCCAUUUACAGGAAUUGCGCGCACAACAACAGCAGCAGCUGCAGCAACAGAAUAUUUUGCUGCGCCACAGUGCAUAUACUCAGUAUUAUUAUGCGAAAUCAGCAAGUAGCAGCGUUGCGCAACCGCCGGUCGCAGCAGAAGAGCGCAAAAUCAUCUAUGUGCCCUUUAUACCGGAUUAUAAAUUGAGUGGCGAGGAGUUUGAGCGGCACAUUAAGACAUAUUUGCGACCGAUUCCAUGUUUGCUAGAUCGUCCGCAGUACCUUAAUCGUUUGCCGCCAUUUCGACGCGAUGACUUCAGUUAUCCCAAUCGCGAUGAGGGUGAGUGUGAGGUGCACUUCUUGGGCUGGCAUAAUGAGCUGCUAACGCUGACGUUGAAAAUACAGUCGCUCCUGGCAUCAACAAAAAUCGAUCGUGAAAUCAUUGAGGAGUUUAUCGCAUUCAUACAGAAGACACCGGAUUUGAUUGGCAUCGAUAGCUUCCUGGUGAUUGUUUUACCAAAACAUUUAGCCAUCAAUUAUAUGCUAAAUUUCUGUCCCGAAUAUAUGUGGCAAUAUGGCAAGUCUAACGGCUUUACACCAAAACACUGGGAAUCGCUGUUGAAGAAAAUCUUAAGCAAACAAAAUUUGGUGCCCAAUUGGAAGGCACAUAUCACCGAAAUACUCAACAAUCUAGUGGCCGAGCUAUCAUUCGAAGAACUACUGCAAUGCUUUCCCAGUGAAGCUAUCAAACAUCAUAAAACCGAAGCAUUUUUAAAAGAAUUCAAAGAUAAUCGCAUCAACUACGUCAACGACAAGCUGACGUUCGAAGACAAGGCACAACAAAAUACGCUAGACAACGAAACAUUGCUGGCACGCGAUCAUCUUCCAAUGGACAACAUUGACGAGAAUAAUGUUUUUGAACUCACAUUGCGUAAAGCUGUUUCGAAACAGCGUAGUAUUGCGUUGCGUUCAAUGAUCGAGUCGACGGGUACACAACUAUUCGAUGCUACUAGUAAUCCUAUGUAUAAUCUAUGAGAUAACGGUUGCAUACAGAAUAGGAAUACAUAUAAGAAAAAUAAGCUACAAAGAUACAAAAUUUAAGUUAAAGCAUUUUGCCAAGUUGAGUCGUUGAACGUGCGUGGAUUAUUAAAAACAUGUGUAAUUAUUAUUAAAUAGCAGUGAUAGUGAAAAGUAGUUUAUUUAGAACGAGUACUAUAAUUAAGAGCCAUAGAUCAUUGAAACUUUUAUUGAUAAAUUCUAUGCUUAUAAUGCAAUUUAUUUACAUAUUAUAAAGGCAUACAUGCAUACAUACAUACAGGCAAGCCAUGCACUCUACACAUUAUUUAUUUAAUUGUUAAGAUUAGCAAUUAGAGCGAGUUUUUGUUUCGAUUUUUAGAUUAAGCAGCUUGUGAAGAUGCAGAGCAUUUCAGAUUUACAUACAUACACACAUUUUUUUUAUUAAAGAUGCAUUUAAAGCUUUUAAGCUGUAGAAAAAAAAACUAAAACUGAGCGAUAUGACUCGAUUUAUACAUCGUUUUUAGCCUUUUUUCUAUUUAUCUAACAUUUUUGUUUCUUAACAGAAUGUUUAUAACACUUUAUACAAACUAAAGUUCUUUAGUUGCGAUUUUCUUAAUUACACUAGUUUUUAAUAAACGUACAUAGAAUCCGGCUGCGUGAUUUAAAAUCCUUUUUUGAUUUCAAAUACGCCAAAUUAAAAAUCAAAUUUACUUUUGCUUUGAUUCGUCGGACCAAUAAAAAGUUGAAUAUAUUUCUGAUUUGAUUUAUCGACCAAAUAUAAAAUAAAAUGUAUUUAUGAUUCGAUUCGUCGGACAAAUAGAAAAUUAAAUUAUAAUUAUUUGGGCCAAAUUCGUAUUUAUUAUGUUUGCUGGGUUGGAGCUGCUUUAUUGUUUUAGCAUCAACGAUUUUUACUAGUAAAUACUAAUAGAAAGUAAUUUUGUUUCUUGAAAAUCGUAUUUGUGUUCCAAAAAAAAAUGUUUUAUUUGGUUGACGAAUCAAAUUACAAACAAUUUUUAUUCAUGAUUUGACUCGGCGAACAGAUAAUAGAUAUUUAGGAUUUCAUAUCACUUUCAAUUCCGAAACCAAUUUUAUUUUUAGAUUUGCGAAUUGACUAAUUAAGAUCAUGCAACCCUGCAUAGAAACUAAUUUUUCGGUGUACAUAGUUGAUUUUAAAUUCGUUUAAAUCUUUUGUGAGUAAUCUACCGACUUUUGCGUAGAGCUUAGUUUCAAAAAAAA